AUGGCUGCCAUAUCUCCCGGGAUCCGCAUCGGCACACCGCGGACCAGCACAUCGCGCUCCGGCACACCGCGUCCCUUACGAUUCACGCGCCGUGGGAUGAGAGGAGGAUCCCCUUCACCCAAGCAACACAGCUUUGAGUCCUUCUCGAAGCGGAUAUCAAAGUUGAAGAUUGACCCAGCCCAUACCGUGGAAAAAGUCAGGCCUUCAAGGGAGAACCAGGACGGCUUGCAAACCUUUUUCCACGCAACGUUGGAAGAGUGGGCACAGCUGAAUCUCUCAACAACAUUCACCAGCUUCUUCGGGCAGGCGAGUCCACUGAGCGAAACCCUCCCUUUACUCCUUCACCAUGCACCCACGAUCUUCAAUACCCUUAUCGAACACAUCGAACGAAGAGACGAACAUGCCCUCGAACCUCUCCUCAGUCUCCUGGCCCAACUUACUCACGAUCUCGACCAUGGUUUCGAACCUUACUUUGAAAGAGCAGUACAAGUGGUUUCACAGAUUGCUGCCACCAUUGACAAGGUCGAGGUCGUUGAAUGGUGUUUCAACUGCCUGGCGUACAUGUUCAAAUACCUCUCGAAACUGCUCGUACAAGAUUUACGCCCCCUGCUCACCGUCAUGAUACCCUACCUAUCUGCCACGAAGGAAUACGUCGUCCGGUUCUGCGCAGAGUCGCUCUCUUUCUUGCUGAGAAAAGCUGCGGCGCAGUUUGUCACAGAUCAGGAUCCCCUGAUUCUCGUUGUCCAACAUCUUUUGGGAGAAUACCCACCGCAAGAUGGCGCAGUCGCCCUCAGUUCAUAUCAAUUCGGAGUCAUGACUCUGUUCAUGGAGGCCGCUCGUGGGGUCGACUACGAAUAUUUACAUUCGUGCUCUGUACCCCUGGUACAAUGUCUACUGGACUGCGCUCUCCCCAUAUGUCACCAAGCGCACAUUCGGUCCAUUGUGGAUGGUGUUCUGGUUGGCCUGAUAAAUGAGACGAACAGCGAGACAUUCGGCGCUGUCCAGGCGGUCAUCCUGGAUACUGUUCGGCACUGUGCGUCGUCUGAGGAAGUCAACCAGUUGUCUUUCGCAUUCAGGCUUUUGCUUGUUCUCCUGGGGACCCAGAAAGGAACGAGGGUCAGUCAAUGGCCGUCCGUCAUCGAGGCCUUCCAAAUUGCAGCAGCGAUCUCACUGGAGCUCGAGGAGAGAACGCAAUUCAGUCCCAUUUUUGCAAUCAUGGUCGCCAUGAUAAUUCAAUAUGCGCCCCUGGACGACAUGUUGAAGGAAAAGUCGGCCUUGCCCCGUCAGUUGUUGGAGUGGGUCGACGAGCACCUUUCAGCACGCGAGUUCUAUGCCUUCGCCACCGCCUGUGCAGAGCUUGGGAAAGAGAGAUUCGUCAAAUUUGUCCUUCCAGAACUCCAGAAAUACAUCUCGAAUCACUGGUCUGAUGACGAGGUGAGUCUUUACUACAUGCUGGAGAGGUUGCAGCAGAAUCGAAUCGGUUUCAGCGACUCUGAAACCGCCAGGUCAUUCAGUUGCCCUCCGGAGUUUGGGAAUUUCAUCCUGAGUCAACUAUCCUCGAAGGAACACGAUGAGGAUGCAGUCACGACAGAAGAGCUCGCCGGACGGCUCCGCUUCUCCAAAGUUGCUUGCCUUUUUGGGGAUUCUGAAAAUACUGCUAGAUCCCUUGACGCCUUUCACAAUCUGCUCAUCCGCGUCUUGGACGAUGUCGGGAGCGACCUUGACCUGCACCAACGGACAGUCUUGGGCUGGGGCUUUGACGCCUUUGUCGAAAUCGCACCCGCUGACGAUCCACGGCUCAAGGACCUUGCUUCACGUGUUCCGAAUUUAUCACCGGUGGUCUUCCAUCUACCAGCUUGUGUACAAGCGAUGAGCCGUCUGUUUCACAAAGUUGGUGUACCGCAGGGCGAGGAUUUUCAGCUCUUCGACAAUGUCCGCCAAAUUCUCAUGCGAAACCUGUUGUCGACAACAACCUGCUUGAAGAAGGCAUCCGCACAACUGCUUUUUGCCUUGGGCGGGUCACGUGAUGAGUCCUGGCUCAGAGAAAUCAUCAGCCUGAUCUUCGAAAUCCUCAAUACCCCUUACACUCCCGCCGAAGUCCGAAAAAUUGGCCACCUAUUGAGGCGAAUGCUAUAUUGGCAUAGAGACAAAGAAGGCGACUUCCGAUUCCACAAUCUUGUGCCUUAUUUCUGUUUCGGCUUGAUGACACAUUACCACGACAAAGCAAGAGCGCAAGUCCUCCACACUCUCGCUCACCUGAUAGGUACGUUGCGGUCUGAAGAGACGAUAGUCAACAUUGCUGUGGAAUGGCUCCAGUCACCACCUCAUUCGACACAAUCAUGCCAGAAAGCUCCCAAGGUGGAAAAAUCGACACCCUCUUCCUUCGAAUGCGGAGAGCUCGCAUACGUCGAUUCGUUAUACAAAUCGGUCUCGGUUGACUUCCAAAAUUCCGGCGAGAGAUUCCGCAGCAUGCUUGAAGACGAACACCGCCUGGAAAAUCCCAAUGCCACGCCUGAAAAUGGUCGAUCGUUGGCUCUCGUGGUGCUAAAUGCGAUGCCGGCUUCAGCCGAGUUCCGGGCUCGUUCAUGGAUUCCUAUCUUCCUUAAUGUCCCCUUCACCCGCGCUCAACUGCAACCCCAGCCUGGCUCGGACGCUUCUGCAUCGUCGCACACAGUAAGUCCAGACCUCGAUGACCACGAAUGGUCUUUCCAAGACAGGAAAGCGUUCUUGUCCCUGUUCGGCCACUUCGAAAAACCUGCUGCGGUCUUCAAAUCUUCCGAAGUCCAUGCAAAGCUCAUGACUCUGUUGAGUAACGGCAACGAUGAAAUCCGAAAGCUGGCUCUCAAGGGCAUACUGACGUGGAGAGACCCGGUACUUCGCCGGUAUUCCUCGACCAUGCUCCUCCCGUUGGCCGAAGGGAAAUCGGACACAUCCGAUAUAGGUAAAUAUCUGACCUCUGAUGGGGAGAGUCUCAUCAGAUCAAUGGACCGGAGCACUGUUCUUCCAGUUGUCCUCCGGCUUGUCUUUGGCGUGAUUGUGGGCCGGGCAGGAACGGCAGGAUCUCAAGACGCUCGGAGGAAAUCAUUGCUACGUCUUCUCCUCCGACUCUCCGAGGAAGAAGUGUCCAUGUUUCUUGACAUCGCUCUGGGCAGGUUGAGAGAGGUCAAGAUCCAAGUCGGCCCCCCGAAUCUCGCAAGCCUCGACCAAGCAUAUGUCCCGGAAGACCAGCGAUAUGGCUUUCUGCGGUUGCUGUUGUCGAUGUUGGAGACAUUCGAGCGCAAGUUCGCUCCCUACGGUCGACAUGUCGUCGACGCGGUUGUGUUCUGCGUCGCCAAAGCUUCUGAGACGCCAGUCAGGCCAACUGGCACGGGGGAGUUGGCCCGGAGUAUCCGACGAACAGGCUUUCACUGCCUUGUGCACCUCUUCACUCAUUGUCCUACCGUCGACUGGCCGGUAUACCUUCGCAGACUCUUUGCUGAUGCAAUAAGUCCGCGCCUCGACACAUUCUCUUCCGAGACGACCCAGAUUUCGACUCUGCUCCGCCUGUUUGCAACUUGGGCCAAAUCCGCGGAUUACGUCAUCUACUUCGGAGAUUACGAUCGGCGAGUCCCGGAAGUCACGUGGCAGGCUCUUGCAGCGGAUUCAACACCAGUCCAUGUCAAGCUGUUUAUUCUCAACGACAUAGUCCUUCCAUGGGCUCACCUGGCUGACGAUGAACGGCGUUCGCCAAACAACGCUCGUGAACUCCUCAAAACCCACUCGGACGGUCUAUUCCGAGCUUUUGCGGCCCUCCUCGAGCGGACACCUGCCAGGCCCGUCCUCUCUGCAAUAACGAUCGUCCUGCCCCUGCUUGCCCCUUUUGCUGAGUCUACGGAAUCUCGACAGUCCAUGGUGAGGCUGCUGACAACUCUGCUCAGCGAUGAUGGGCUCAAGAUACCCCCCGUUAUCAAGGGUCAACUCCUCGCUUCUCUCAAGAGCUUUCUGGGCGUCGGUACCACUCUGGAUGAAAGCUCACACCUUCGACUUCUGACACUGACCUCGUCUUUGUUCAAUUUCUUCCUGGACCAGCCAAAUCGUCAGAUACUGUGCGACGUGCUGGAAAUGUUGUCUGUUCGCGAUGAAGGUCUCAGUCGAAUCGCGCAAAUAUGCAGUGGGCUGAAUGCCACGUCCUCCGAGCGACUCGGAGAGAUUGAUUACGACAGGCGGCUGCAGGCUUUUGAGACAAUCCGGAAUCUGAGUUUAUACGACAGCAGUUCGAGUUACCAACCCAUUAUUUACAACCUGCUGUUCUUCCUGAGGACCGGUGACGAUCUCGCGAUACGGGCAAACGCCUUGGAAUGCCUUAGACAGAUGAUUGUCAAAUCCCGUGAAAUCGAGGCUUCCGACUUGAUCGACGUGAUCGUCAAUUGUGCUCUGCCUGUGACGAAGCAGUGCAUCAAACAUGAAUCGGAGUUCAUUAGAGCGGACUUUGUUACUCUCCUCGGCCUUUUGGUGCAACAUGCUCGCCAUCACGGAGAUCUGAUGAGCAUGGCACCCCUCCUGGUUGGGAAUGACGAAGAAGCGUCGUUCUUUUCGAACAUCCUGCAUGUCCAACAACACCGCCGUCUUCGAGCCAUGCAACGCCUUGUCUCUGAGGUCGAAAAAGGGGGCAUCGGCGCCGCCAACAUCGUGGAGAUUUUUAUUCCUCUGUUAACCAUGUUUGCCCACGACUCAAGCUCGGACCAGUCAGCACAGAGCGCCAAAGGUCAGAGUGUCUCGGCGAUAGGGAGUCUUCUCAAAUGGAUCGACUGGAAACAGUUUAAGAUACUGUUCCGCCGAUACAAAUAUGACCUCGAUGUUGUCAGGGUCGAAAAGAAGGUCAUCACCCGCCUUCUUGCAGGUGCCGCCGAUGCAUUAGUAUAUGCGAACAAGCACCGGUCUGAAAACUCGGCAACAUCACCAGAUCAACCAAUACCUCUGCUCGCACUUACGCUUCCCAACAGAACUGAUGUGGAGCAUGAGGUUCGGCUUCAGUUCAUACCCAAACUUGCAGAGUUCGUCCAUUACAAAGAUGAAGCAGAGAUAAGUUGGCGUCUACCCGUUGCCGUCGUCGGGAUCAAGCUCAUCACGCUGCUGCCUCUACAAGAGGUCGCAGAUGCUGCUUGCCCUAUCAUUCUUGACCUCGCCCAGAUUCUCAAAAGCAGAUCUCAAGAUUCUCGCGAUGCCGCGCGCAAGGCCCUCUGCGAUAUCGUUCUUCUGCUUGGUGCCGGCAGUAUGUCAUUUGUGCUUCGACAAAUGCGCACGGUUCUCAAUCGAGGGUAUCAGUUGCAUGUCGCCUCAUACACCCUCCAUGCAAUCCUGGUGGCGCUGGUUCCGAAAGCCGGGCCUGGCGAUAUGGACUAUUGCUGCGAAGAGCUCGUUUACCACAUCACGAGCGAGAUCUUCGGCGCGGUGGGCCAAGAAAAGGACAAUCCAGAUUACGUCAGCAGCAUGCGCGAGGUCAAAACCAACAAGAACUAUGACUCCAUGCAGCUUCUGGCAAGUUCAGUGAGCGUCCCGUGUGCAUCAAAGCUUAUCACACCAAUCCAGACCAUCCUGUCUGGGCCUCUGACCAUCAGGCAAAUCGGAAAAGUCGAUGAGCUUCUCCGGAGGAUUGGCACCGGCAUCACCCGGAACCCGUCAGUCCUUCCGCGAGACGUCUUCACCUUCUCGUACCAGUUGAUUCGAUCGAUCCAUGAACAGGAAGUGGCCGACCGACGCCAAACGCCUACCAACGACGAAAAGAACCGGGAGAGAUAUCUUGUUCAACUGACAUCGGCCGACACAACAACUCCGAGACACAACUCGACCACCUUGUUAUACAAGCUCGCCAAACUCGCUCUGGAAUUGGCCAGGGGCACUUUCCGCACAUUCCCAGAGACUGUGACAGGCGAGAACGUCCAUGGAUUUCUUCCCAUCCUCGGCGACGCCUUGGUUGGAGGCCAAGAAGACGUCAAACUUUCCGCGAUGCUUUUGCUGUGCGUCGUCAUCAAGGUACCACUUCCCGAACUUGACCAAAACUCACACUUGUACGUCGACGAAGCGGUCAAGACGUUGAGGAAUUCGACAAGCACCAACGAGGAAGGGGCGCAGGCUGCGUUGAAACUCAUUGCUGCCAUUCUUCGUGACCGCCCGACUGUCGAGGUCAAGGAAUCCGAUAUUGCUGAAGUUCUUCACCGGGUCACUCCAGACAUCGAAGCACCAGACAAGCAAGGGCCGACAUUCAACUUCAUCCGAGCAGUCAUGGGAAGAAAUAUGCAGUUGCCCGAGCUUUAUGAUCUGGCAGACAAGAUCGGGGUCUUGAUGGUAACAAGUCAGAGUAAGCAGGCACGUGACCUUGCGCGAGGGGUUUUCGUCCAUUUUCUGCUUGGCUAUCCUCAAUCCUCGUCCAGAUGGUCGAAACACCAGGCAUUCCUGUUGACGAAUCUCGAAUACCAGCACGCCGAGGGCAGGCAAUCUGUCAUGGAAGCCAUCAAUACCUUGACGGGAAAGAUGAAAGGAGAACCGUUACAAGAGCUGAUCUCGGCCUUCUUCGUCCCCAUCCUCCUUCAGAUGGCCAAUGACGACAAUGAAGGCUGUCGACACCUUGCUGGAGCUCUCCUUGAGCGGCUUUUCACCCUGGCAGAACGUGGCCGCUUGAAGGACAUGUUCGAAAUUCUGAACAGCUGGAUCGCUGGUGGGGACAAGGCUCAGAUGAAGAGACUCGGUAUGCAGGCAUACGUCGUCCUCUUGGACACGGACGUCCGUCUGAGUGAAGAAGAGGUGGGCCAGAUUCGGAGCAUCACUGCCAAAUCGCUUGAGGCGACAAAGACAACCGAGGUGGACGAAUGGGAACUUCGGUUCCAGGCAUUGCUUUUAUUGCUGAAGCUGGUCCAGUCGCAUCCCGUCGCGGAGCUGGUUGGCAUGUUGAAAGCCUCGUCUCGCAUCUUGCGCUGGACGACGGACAAUGAGGAGCUCACCACCCAAAUGCAGCAGAUCCUUAUGCUUCUGGGUCAUUUUCUGGACAACAACCCGAUCACGAUCGAGGUCAAUCCGGAACCCAAGGAGGCGCAGGCGCAGGAGUUUGAGGGGUCAGAUUUUGAAGAGGCCAGGUCACCACAGGAACUCAAGCCACAGACAGCCGAGUUAGAAGCCACGGCAGAAGAAGCCAGUUCCGAAGAGGCCGAGUCUGAAGAUGAUGUCAACGCCGAGGCCAGCGCCGCCAGCAUUCCCGCUACUCAAUACCUCCUCGAUCAACUGGCGCGCAAUCUCCGUGUAGAAACUGCUCCACUGACAUCUGCGGCGUUGCUCCCAAAGAAAUCGUCGCUGCAACUCCUUACGAAACUCAUCCCCAUUCUCUCGACGUCCAACUUACCCAGCCCCCAGGUCAACGCCAUCCUUCUGCCCCUCCAGCAUAUGACUGACACCAAGACGAUUCCCCCACGUUCCGCCGACCCGACCUUUGGUGAAACGUACCAGACUCUCAUCGAGCUCGCACACGAAGUUAUGGAGCAGCUGCAGCAGAAGCUGGGAGACGCAGAAUACGUCAAGGCGGUCACGGAGGUCAGCAAGAUCAUUCGCGAGAGGAGGGAAACACGCCGGACGAAGCGGCGCAUUGAACAGGUUGCCGCCCCGGAAAAGGCCGCGCGACACAAGAAGAGAAAGGGCGACAGGAAGAGAGACCGGUCGAGGGAGCUGGCCGCGGCACACCGCAAGAGAAGAAGGGAACAAUGA